AUGAAAGCCGAUUGGUUUGGUGACAGCGUGGAGAAAGAUAUUUUAAUUGAUGCACCGUUCUCAAGGAAGUCUACUGAGCGUUCAUCAUGUGUUAUUCGAAUAGAGGAUGUAAAAAUAAGUCCUGGGCUAACGCACGAGAAACUCUGUAGUGAUUACUUAGAGCAAUCUUCAACAGAAAGAGUCAUUAUCAUCGGGGAUGCAACCACAAGAAUUGAUCAACACAUUGAAAGGAUAAUACAGACAAUGUUCAUCGGAGAAACCAGUAUGGUCAGAAUCAAGUUGGUCAGCUUUGAAAAUGACCAGAGCUUAGAGUUUAAAAUAGCAUUGAAUUCUUGUGAGAUUAAGACACCCAUCUGGGAAUGGACAUUGCAGGAAAAAUACAAGGUUGCCCUGGAAUAUAAAGAAGCUGGUGUGGGUCUGCAUAAGUCCGCAAGAAUAGUGGAUGCUUUUCAUAAAUUCAGUCAGGCUUGUAAGGUUCUCAUCACUUUGGAGCCCAUCGAAGAUAUUGAGAUGUCAGAGCAGCUUAGGGAGGAUAUACAGAAUCUUAGAAAAGUUCUGUAUAACAAUAUGGCUGAAUGCCAUUUGAUUAGAAAGAAUUUUGAGCAUACCAUAUCAUUAUGCAAUAAAGUACUUCAAAGGGACAAAAACAAUGUGAAAGCAAUUUACAGGCGAGGUGUGGCAUAUGAAAAUCUGAGAGAUUAUGAGAAUGCUUUGGUAGAUAUGGAGCAAGUUGUAAGUGUGCAACCAAAAAAUACAAUAGCUCGACAAAAGCUUGUAGCAUAUAGACAAAAAGUCCACGAAGCUAAAAGAAAGUCUGAUGAUAUUGUAAGAAGAAUGUUUUCUCUUAAUAGAUGAGAUCAAUGAUACACUGAGAGUAUAAUAGAAUUGUCAAAUGCUGAAAUAUAAUUCUGUAAUAAAUAUAUUAUUUGUCAA